AUGUCGCAGCCAAACCUUCAGUAUGCCCACACGGGCGCAGUUGAAGACUACUACCGCCUGCACGAGGCUUCUGCGACAAAUCGUAUUCCUCUUGCGCAGGAAUAUUUUGCCGAGCGCUUCCAAAGAGAUUUGAAUGCCCCCGUCAUCGUCCACGAUCGUGAGCAUCCCCAACCAGCGCCACAUACAUACAUCGCGGGCACGCCGGGUCCGCUGCACUAUGGCGUUCCUUUAUCAGAUGGAUACGACCCCGGGGUGUACGCAGUGUCGAAUGCUCUGUUCGAUACGAGUGGAGCCUUUCGGUCAAUCCCUCUGAAACAGGGACCUGUUUUUCGUCGUCGACAACGCGGAGAUUGCCAGUCCGAAUGGAGCAAUGCUUUUGUCAGCAGGGUAGACCCCUGUGAAUGUGGGUAUCCUGAGGAAACCUAUACUCCUUAUGAAGUGGCACGUUACCGUGAUCAGUACGGAAAUCCCCACACUACACUUGACUUUUCUCGGUGA